GUGUGUGUGUGUGUGUGUACACACACACACCAAAUUCAGAUAGAAACAAUUAGCUUCAUUAAAUAGAUUCAUUAAAUAAACAAAAUUUAGUUUAAAUAGUGUGUUUUCCGCCGAAUGUUUUUCAAUUUAUUAUUUUGUGAAUCGAUUGGUUGAAUAUAGUUAAAAGUAUUUAAAACUUAUUGUAUAUUAUUGAAUCUUCAAAUAUUUUUAUUUUUAUUUUGAUUUUGGAUAAGUUCUAGAAAAGUUUUCUCAAUGUUAUAAAAAGUAACUUGGAUAUUUUCUAAAAAAUAUUGAAGUUUUUUAUUCAGCAAUUAUAAAUUUGAAAUUCUAUUGCUGUUUACUCAAACAAAAAUAUAUAAAAAAAAAGUUUUUCAAUGUUAAAAAAUGAGGUAGAUUGAACAGUUUCAUUUAUAUUUGGUACUAUCAAGUUACAUCUACAGUUUAUUUGGAUGGACAAUCAAAACAUGUUAAUGUAGACAGUACAAGACUGCCAGUUCAUGAACACAUUCGUAAUGAAUGGAUACACAAGGGUAACCUAAUCAUAAGUAGGAAGAAUACGUCUGCAGUAAACAUUUUUCAAGUCCAGAUUAUUUACUAAGUGAAUACAAAUCCGCCAGAUAGCGUGUAGCGCAGUAUGGUAACCGAGCGGAUAACACCUCACGCCCGCCUUAUAACAGCUGUAUACUGAUGUGCAGUCGCAAGGCUUAUUGUCCAAUUGCGGGCAUUUCACGACAGUCGGCUGGAGGGGCUCUUCCUGAGCGCUUCCUCGCACCCGAGUUCCGCGAGACCCACUAAGGCAAUGAAAAUACUGAAUCUUCCUCAGCAGUGUGGGCCGUUUCCAGAUCGUCGCUGAUGUCUUUGUCCACUUCCUCGAUUCGGUGUGCUGUUAUAUCUGAGGCUUGGGGAACCAUUUCAAAUAUUAGAUGACUUACUUAAGAAGUUAAAAAUAGAUCAUGCCGUCUGGUGCAAUGAUAAGAAUGAUAUGUAUUAUGAGGUUAUUUUUCCGGUACCUGGAGGCGAUCCUUGUGAGAAUUGCUUACAUUGUCUUACAGAACUUGGUAUUGGACUAAGAAUGAAUUCUAUAGUAAGUGUUAUUCCGACUCAGUGUGCAUAUAGAGGUUUACUCGACGAAAAAUGCCUUAAAAAUGCAACAGAAAAAGUAGAAUCUGUUGUAGAUGAAGAAAAAACAGCAUGGAAAAUAUUUGUAAGUUCUAUUCGUUCAAAAUUGACUGUAAAACAGGUAGUAGAUGGUGUUCGAAGUGGUGGUGACUUAACAUUUGAUUAUUUUCUAUUAGUGUUAACAGCAGACUGUCUUGCAGCUCUGGGAUUAAUAGAAAAUAGUGCUACAAAUGUUGUUGCUGCAAUGCUUGUUUCACCAUUAAUGGGUCCAGUUAUGUCUUUGACAUUUGGUUCAAUAAUAGCUGAUAAAGAACUUCAAUCUAUUGGUCUUAAAAGUUUGUGUUUUGGUAUAUGUUUAUCGAUAUUAUUUGGAUUUAUUUUUGGAUUAAUUCUGGGAACAACAAAAAUGCCAUGGGGAUAUAAUGAUUGGCCAACUGACGAAAUGAAAGGACGCGGAAACUUCAGAUCUCUUUGGAUGGGUGUCCUUUGGGCUCUACCCUCAGGAACAGGCGUUGCCGUGGCAUUACUACAAGGAAGCAAUGGACCACUGAUAGGAGUAGCUAUAUCUGCUUCAUUGCUACCUCCUGUUGUAAACUGUGGUUUAUUUUGGGCUCUAGGGUGUAUCUGGAUAAUAUAUAAACCUACAAAAAUACCACAUAUCAAAGGAGAAUCAAUGGCGAAUUUCACAAGCGCGUAUACUUAUAUAUAUGCUGAUUAUAUUCCAAUCGAAUUUUUUUGCAAUGGUUUAAUAAGCGCAUGCCUCACAUUAGUGAACGUAAUAUGUAUUUUUAUUACAGCUAUUAUCGUUUUGAAGGUCAAGGAAGUUGCAGCACCUUAUACAUCGACACCAGAAAUACGACGUUUUUGGGAGCACGAUAUUCGGCUUGUUCGCAAUGAAAAUAUAACUAGAAAUAACAGUAUGAGCGAUUGCCGAAACCAUACUGAAAUAUCUGAGGCGAAAAAAAAAGAAUUCGAAAAAACAUUAAAUGAAGCAGUCUUGGAAGCAGUUAACGACGAUACUUUCCGCAAAAUUCAAAGAGUGAGUUAUGGACAAUUUAAACCUAAUCAAAUAUCUUCACUUAUUAAAUCAGACAGAGAAACUAAAAUUAUGAACAAUGAAAGUGAUACAAAAAAACACUUUAAUGAAUUAAAUAGCUUUGGUAUCAAAGAAGAUUUGGAUACAUUAGAGAGAUUAGUUAAUCAGCUGUUGAUUAAACAAACAAAAGAUAAAGACAAUAAAAAGAAUGACAAUUGGAGCAAUAUAAAAACUUUUAGGAAUGAUUAUAUAUCCCUGCUGCCUACGAACGAUCUUACUACUAUUCAUGAAAACUGUACAUAUUGCCCGUCAGAAAAUAAUAUUGAAAAGUGUUCGAAAUUGUGAAUGUAAAUGUACAACAUUUUAUUAUAACGAAUACAUAAAUAAAAUCAAUAUAUCAUUAUAAG